AUGGCCAUCUCGCCGCCGACGGAGUGGGAAACCAUCGCUGCCGCUAAGCGGGCAGCCUUGAUGAAGAGCAUCCCUCCGGAAUGGCUGAUUCCUACAGACAUCUUGCCCUCACAGAAGCAGCUGGAUGUCACCUCGUUCCCGGAGACGUCAGGAUGGUUCACCCCCCAGGAACUCCAGAUAACUUCAAGUACAUCAGAAGAGAUACUGGAGCGCAUCAGGAACAAGACCUGGAGUGCAAAGGCCGUCACAUCAGCAUUCUGUAAAAGAGCCGCUGCUGCACACCAACUGACAAACUGCUUGAGUGAGACGAUGUUUCCUGAGGCUCUGGCAGCUGCAGAGGCUUUGGAUGAAUCGUUGGCUCGGACAGGAACGGUCGUUGGUCCUCUUCACGGUCUGCCCAUCUCGAUCAAGGACAACUUCAACGUGGUUGGCAAAGACUCAACCGUGGGGUUUGUGUCAUGGUGCAACAAACCAUUGCAGCAAAACAGCGUGCUCGUCGAUCUACUGAAAUCUCUCGGAGCCGUUCUCUACGUCAAAACCAAUGUUCCAACCGCGAUGAUGAUGGCUGAGACCGUUAACCACACCUUUGGCAGGACACUGAACCCUCUGCGACUUACGCUGACUCCAGGCGGAAGCUCCGGGGGAGAGUCCGCGCUGAUCGCAUUCCAUGGGAGUCCACUAGGUGUUGGAACGGAUAUUGGCGGUUCCUUGCGAAUUCCGGCAUCAAACACUGGCAUUUUCACUUUGCGACCCUCGCUUGGUCGCUUCCCAACGGCAGGCUGUACCUCGGGACUAGCUGGACAAGAGUCGGUCAAUAGCAUUGUAGGACCGAUGGGGCCGACCUUGUCUGAUUUAAAUCUGUUCGCCAAAGCAGUGGUCGAUACACAACCUUGGCUCAAAGACCCGAAAGCCCUUCCCAUCCCGUGGCGGGACGUGAAGUUGCCAAAGAAGCUGAAGUUUGGUGUCAUCUGGAACGACCGGCAGGUGACGCCGACACCUCCUGUUCAGAGGGCGUUGAAAGCGACGGUAGAGAAGCUUCGACAAGCAGGACAUGAGAUUGUCGAUUGGGAUACAAGUAGCCACUCCACGGCCCUGGAGAUUCUAGGCCGUUUCUUUGUAGCGGAUGGCGCCAAAUCCUGCCGGAAGGCACUCGAGCCGGUCAAGGAACCUUUCUUUGCCGACAUGAAGGCCUACGAAGAGGCCAGCGAAAUGGGAUGCUAUGAUCUCUGGCAGCUGCAUCUGGAACGCACCAAACUAUGCCAGGAAUACGUCGAUCGCUGGGCGGAAGCAGGUAUUGAUGGUCUCAUCGGACCAACAACCCCCUUCAGCUCUGUCGAGCAUGGAAAGUACAAGCAUGUGGGGUACACUGCCAUUUGGAACAUCCUCGACUAUUCGGCGGUCAGCUUUCCAUCUGGCUUCACGGUGGACGCAGACAAGGACCGGGUCGCAGAGGACUUUUCACCACUCAGCGAUGUGGACAAAGAGGUGAACGGCGAAUACAACCCAAGCGCAGUCGACGGAAUGCCCAUCGGACUGCAGAUCGUAGGGAGACGGUUGGAAGAAGAGAAGACCCUGGCGAUGACGGGCGCGAUUCUGGACGCCUUGAAAGCUUAG